AUGGCUCCUCAGAAGCACGGUGGAGGAGGAGGAGGAGGAGGAGGUGGCGGCGGAGGCGGCGGUGGCGGGGGGUUCGGGGGCUCCGCGGCGGCGGCGGCUCCCGGCGGCAAAUCCGGUGGUGCCGCAGGCGGCGGUGGCAGCGGCGGAGGAAGCGGUUACUCGGGCGGUUCCUCGGCCUCCUCGGCGACGGCGGCAGCGGCAGCGGCGCUGCCCCCCGCGAAGAAGCCGAAGAUGGAGCAGAUCCAGGCCGACCACGAGCUCUUUCUUCAGGCCUUCGAGAAACCAACACAGAUCUACAGAUUUCUACGUACACGAAAUCUAAUAGCACCAAUAUUUUUGCACAGAACUCUCACUUACAUGUCCCACAGAAACUCCCGAACAAAUAUCAAAAGGAAAACAUUCAAAGUAGAUGACAUGUUGUCAAAAGUAGAGAAAAUGAAGGGAGAACAAGAGUCUCACAGCUUGUCUGCUCAUUUGCAACUUACGUUUACUGGGUUCUUCCAUAAAAAUGAUAAGCCAUCCCAAAACUCAGAGAAUGAACAAAAUUCUGUAACCCUGGAAGUACUGCUUGUGAAAGUUUGCCACAAGAAACGAAAGGAUGUCAGUUGUCCUAUAAGACAGGUUCCUACAGGUAAAAAGCAGGUGCCUUUAAACCCAGACCUCAGCCAAAUAAAACCAGGCAACUUCCCAUCGCUUGCAGUUUCCAGCAACGAGUUUGAGCCAAGCAACAGCCAUAUGGUGAAGUCUUACUCACUGUUGUUCAGAGUGACUCGCCCAGGAAGGAGAGAGUUUAAUGGGCUGAUCAACGGGGAAACUAAUGAAAACAUUGAUGUCAAUGAGGAGCUUCCAGCGAGAAGAAAAAGAAACUCUUCAAAUCGUGAAGACGGGGAAAAGACUUUUGUGGCACAGAUGACUGUGUUUGAUAAAAACAGGCGCUUGCAGCUUCUGGAUGGGGAAUAUGAAGUGGCCAUGCAGGAAAUGGAAGAGUGUCCCAUCAGCAAGAAGAGAGCAACAUGGGAAACAAUACUUGAUGGGAAGAGAUUGCCUCCUUUUGAAACAUUUUCUCAGGGACCUACGCUUCAGUUUACUCUUCGUUGGACGGGAGACACAAAUGAUAAAUCCACAGCUCCUAUAGCUAAGCCUCUUGCUACACGGAAUUCUGAAAGCCUCCUUCAAGAAAACAAAUCCAAUUCUGUUAAACCUACUCAGACUAUCGCUGUGAAAGAAUCCUUGCCAGCAGACCUUCAGACAAGGAAAGAAAGAGAUGUCUUAAAUGAACCUCGACAGAAGCUGAGAAUAUUUUACCAGUUCCUCUAUAACAACAACACCAGGCAGCAGACUGAAGCCCGGGAUGACCUGCACUGCCCGUGGUGCACACUCAACUGUCGCAAACUCUAUAGCCUGCUCAAGCAUCUGAAACUUUGCCACAGCAGAUUCAUCUUUAAUUAUGUUUAUCAUCCAAAAGGUGCUAGGAUAGAUGUGUCCAUCAAUGAGUGCUACGAUGGCUCCUAUGCAGGAAACCCCCAGGACAUCCAUCGGCAGCCUGGCUUUGCCUUCAGCCGCAACGGACCCGUCAAGAGAACUCCCAUCACACACAUCCUGGUGUGCAGGCCCAAGCGCACAAAAGCAAGCAUGUCCGAGUUCCUAGAGUCUGAGGACGGGGAGGUGGAGCAGCAGCGGACAUACAGCAGCGGCCACAACCGGCUCUACUUCCACAGUGACACUUGCCUGCCCCUCCGCCCUCAGGAGAUGGAGGUGGAUAGUGAGGAUGAGAAGGACCCCGAGUGGCUGCGGGAGAAAACCAUCACUCAAAUUGAAGAAUUUUCUGAUGUUAACGAAGGAGAGAAAGAAGUGAUGAAAUUAUGGAACCUUCACGUUAUGAAGCACGGGUUUAUUGCUGACAAUCAGAUGAAUCAUGCCUGUAUGCUGUUUGUUGAAAAUUACGGACAGAAAAUAAUCAAGAAGAACUUGUGUCGAAACUUUAUGCUCCACCUGGUCAGCAUGCAUGACUUUAACCUCAUCAGCAUCAUGUCAAUAGACAAAGCUGUUGCCAGGCUCCGAGAGAUGCAGCAGAAGUUAGAGAAAGGAGAAUCAACCUCCCCGGCGGAUGAGGAAUCACCUGAGGAGCAGAGCGGGACAGCGAAUGGAUACAGUGAAAACAGCGUGAGGGAGAGGAUGGCAGAAGCAGAGAGCAUCUCAGGGGUCACAAAACAGAGCAAGAAGCAAAAGCUCUGAAGACAAGUGUCGGUUUGCCUUGCGAUGGACAAGCGUUGAAGUGACGUUCUAAGGUGCAUGAGCUCUAUGAGGAAUUACACAACACAAAC